UACCAUCCAACGGCUCACAAUCAUCUACUAGAACUUUCCAUCCUUCUCUUCCUUCCAUUAUAUUACGUGUUCUUCUUCUCAUACACACACGCUAUUCACUCUUGGCUUGUGCUCUCCUCGUGUCACUAGGUUAACCUUACCAUUUUCGUUCUCAGAUACCAAGAAUCAUAAGCUAUGGGAAAAUCUUACCCAACCGUCAGUGCUGAUUACCAGAAAGCCGUUGAGAAGGCUAAGAAGAAGCUCAGAGGUUUCAUCGCUGAGAAAAGAUGCGCUCCUCUAAUUCUCCGUUUGGCAUGGCACUCUGCUGGUACCUUUGAUGUGAAGACCAAGACCGGUGGUCCUUUUGGAACCAUUAAGCACCAAGCUGAACUUGCUCAUGGUGCUAAUAGCGGUCUUGAUAUUGCUGUUAGGCUUUUGGAGCCACUUAAGGAGCAAUUCCCUAUCAUAAGCUAUGCUGAUUUCUAUCAGUUGGGUGGUGUUGUUGCUGUUGAGGUCACUGGUGGACCUGAAGUUCCUUUCCACCCCGGUAGAGAGGACAAGCCUGAGCCACCACCAGAGGGUCGCUUGCCUGAUGCCACCAAAGGUUCUGACCAUUUGAGGGAUGUGUUUGGCAAGGCUAUGGGGCUUAGCGAUCAAGAUAUUGUUGCUUUGUCCGGUGGUCACACCAUUGGAGCUGCACACAAGGAGCGUUCUGGAUUUGAGGGCCCAUGGACUUCCAAUCCUCUCAUUUUUGACAACUCUUACUUCACGGAGUUGUUGAAUGGUGAGAAGGAAGGCCUUCUUAAGUUGCCAAGUGAUAAGGCACUUUUGAGUGACCCUGUAUUCCGUCCUCUUGUAGAGAAAUAUGCUGCGGAUGAAGAUGCCUUCUUUGCUGAUUACGCUGAGGCUCAUCUUAAGCUCUCCGAGCUAGGGUUUGCUGAGGCCUAAGCAAAAUAGUUGGUGUAAGGUGUUUAGAGAGGCUGGGGUUCCCUGAUUCUUCCAUAAAUUUCACAGGCGUUGGUCUUAUAUUUUGGUUGCUUUUGGAUGUAUUUUGUCAGACACGAUGAAUGUGAAGUUUGAUUGUUUUCUUUCUUGUUGAUCCUCUAUUGAAAUAACAUUGUUAAAGAGGGUAAUCCCCAGCUUUUUCCGUUAAAAAAUUCUCCGAUGUUGACUCUUACUACACUUCCAAAUCUAUUAAUGCGUUUUCACGAUAA